CUUUACUAAAACUGCUAGCAGUUUGAAAGAGUGCUUUUAACAGUAGAGUGGGUUUGUUUUUGCUUUUCGUUGUCACGACGUUCUUUUAGGCAGCUAACAGAAAAACAAACACACAGAGAAGAUGUCCUCGGAUGAAAUGGAACGCAACAGUCCAGUGUUACCAAGAGAUUCAGACAGAGGCAGCUCGGUUUCCUCAGAACUACAGGAAGAGUAUGAAGAACUUCUUCGGUAUGCUGUUGUGACUCCCAAAUAUGAACCAGGCAUCCCAUUACACCUGUUAAACACAAGUCAGCUCUGCAAAAAUUCACAGCAUUCUGCUAAAACAGAUGCACCAGUUCAACCUCCUGCAGAUAAUGAAGGGCUCUCAAACACUGUGGUGACAUCAAGAGCAACUCAACCCUUAGAAGAAUACAGACCACCAAGUCGCACAUCUGAGGGUGAGAGCUUGGCAGCCAGGUCUGUUGCAUCUGAAGAAAGGUCCGAAAGGACACAGACUGGGUCAGAUAGAUCAGGACAGGACAGUACUGAUGUUCUGAUCACCCACAUGACUGAGAUGUUCAUCUCAGAGGAGAAUCUGAACAAGAUGGAGAACAUUUUAGACACCUGGACCACAAACCUUAAGAGUAAUGUGAUGAUGGAGCUGAGGAAGUGGAAGCUGGCCUUUGUGGAGCAGCACAGGCUGGAGCUUAAGAGGGAAAGGGAGAAACAUGCAGCGCAUGUGGCCGCUGUAAAUGCUGAGAUGGAUAGUCUCAAAGACCUGCUUAACACCUACCAGAUCUCUAACCAGAGGAAAGAUGAGGUGAUCGCAAAUCUAAGCAGGGCAGUUGACAGGCAGCGCGAGAAGAUGGGGUUGAUGAGGAGUUUCACUCAGUGGAGACUGCGGCACUGUGCCGUUAAAGAGGAGGCUCAAGGGGCCAGGUUGGCUGAGCAGCACUAUCAUUUGCAGCUCAAGAGGAAGGUGUGGGCAGGCUGGCACUCGCUCAUUCAGAACAGGUGGCGGGAGCGUGUGGAGAAAGCGUGUUGUGCCAGGGCUGAGGACAUCUGCAUGCAGCUUUCUACAGAGUAUGAAGCUAAGGUGGCACAGCAUGUAGAGGAGCUCCAGAAAGCACAAAGCGAGAUCCAGAGGCUGCACGCGGAGCGAGAGCACUAUGAAGACUCUAUGAAGAAAGCUUUCAUGCGCGGGGUCUGUGCGCUCAACAUUGAGGCCCUUAGCAUGUUUAACACUGGAGAAACAGGCAGAUUAGACCGUGAUGCUCCACCUUCAUCAGAUGAGCCAGGCACCAGCUCAAUGGCCAAUCAACCACCACGGACUGUCUCAUCUGCAUGGCAUAGUCCAGUUGUCACAGAGGCUUCAAUACAGCUUCCUCCCUCUCACAGCAGUACAGAGUAUGCAGAGGCGGAGCGUUUUUUCAGUCAGACUGGUGCAAGCAUAGCACCGAGAAAAGAAAGCGUUCUUUCAACCACAGUGGUGAACUCUACUGGACCACCAGGAGGCAGCACAAGCUCAUUCAGACAGGCGAAUGCACAAAUAGUAACAGCUGGCAAACAGAAAGCCUCUAAGACGGUAACUGCUCGUUUGACAGGAAGAGUAGAGUCUAACCGGAUGAGCCGUCCCGGUUCCUCCAUGCAUGUAAUGGGCGUAGCCCCACCCAUGAGUUCAGUUAUCGUGGAAAGACAUCACCCUGUCACUCAGCUUACUGUUGGGCAAGCAACAGCAGCUAAGUUCCCCCGCUCUGUCUCCAGCAACGAGAGGUCUUCCAGUCAGACCAGAGCCCCUUCCUCCUCUGCCUAUCACCUUCACUCUAUCAAAGUAGUGGACUAACCCACGUA